ACAUUCAGCAAAAGUUAUAUUUAAUUUAGUUUAAGUGGGAUCAUUAACGUCAAGAACUCUGUCACGCCUUCUGCUGCACAAAAUCCAGAAGGUUUCAUUUCCCAUGAAAACGAAACUCACCCUCAAAGAUUGGCUAUAUAAACCCGUCCAGCUCAAGGCUCGUCAGUAGACAAAAAUACUAAGGACAAAACCAGUUGAAAACCCCUGGCCUACUACAACCAAACAUGGGUCUUCUAACAGCUGCUCUAGUCGGUACAGGCGCAGUGGGAGCAGUGGUCGGAGCUCCUUUUGUUCUGGCCGGCAUAGGGUUCACCUCAGUCGGUGUCGCAGCAGGCUCCUAUGCUGCCGGCAUGAUGUCAGCUGCUGCAGUGGCUAACGGGGGAGCAGUGGCCGCCGGAAGUACAGUGGCUGUUCUGCAGGCCGCGGGUGCAGCAGGUCUGCCAGCAGCUGCCUCUGCAGGUGCGGCUGGCGUCGGAGCAGCGGUUGGAUGGCUGGCUGCAAUCCUCAUCUGAGAAAUCAUCGAAGAACAGGAUGAAUAUCUGUACUUGGCCAAAUGAAGAAGGCAACUGCAAUAUACAGCACUUUCACUGACUAAAAAGCAUGUUGUCAUCUCAUAAAAAAUGUUUUGUUAAAUACAUUGGUCUUCUAAACAUAA